UCUAAAUAUUUGGAGACUUCACCAUUAAACCCUAUAGAAUAUGGUAGAAUAUAGUAUAGAUAGAGAAAGAUAGGCUAUGAAAUUUAUUUUUUAAUAAUUAACCAAAGAGAGAAAAAAUGGGUUAAUUGACGAAAUAGAGUCAAGCAACGCUCGUUCGUUUUAGCGUGAUUCUCUGUUCUCUCUCGCACGAUCCUCGUUCUUGCAGUGGUGACCCCUCUGUUCAGACCUCAGCAAACAGGGCUAUUUUGCUAUCUGGUCCAGCAGGUAUGCUAUGCAAGAAUUUCACCUUGUCAUGCAGAAACCUUUUUUAAUGAGAUAAGUCUAGACCUGUAAGUAUCUGCAAGUUUCUUCUUCCUUCUUGAAAACAACACUGCUGUUGAGAGCCAAAAUCCAAACCCCACGAUGGCGAGUGAAAAGUCGGUGCUAGCAUUGAUCAGGGCUGCGAGGCCAACCUUCCGCAACCAAAACGACAAAAUUGCCUUUGCCAUCCACUCUUCCUUCCUCAUCUAUGGCUAUGUCCUCACUGCCACAGGUCCCCAGGCCCUCUCUGAUAAUGCGCUUUCUGACCCCUCCAAUGAUGAGGUACCUGUUGAUCGUUGGAACGAGCUAAACGAUGAGUACGCGUUUGUUUAUGCGAACCCAGAAAAGAGCUCAGAGAAAGUGCUUGUCAAGUGCCUCCCGAUGAACGACAAAUUGCUCGUUCAUGCUUUGUCUCAGGGGUCUUCUGAGCCUUUAAGCCUUGAGAUUGAAGUCGGGGACUAUGCUGGAGAGGAUGGGGGCAGCAAUUAUUCUCAGCACUUCAAGAAUUUGGAUAAGCUUGUGAAGAAAAUAGAUGGGGAUAUCUUGUCUAAAUUAGAUGGUUCUGCCAAAACCAGCUCAUCAAGUAGAAGCUUAGAAACAAGUGACAAAGCUAGACAAGAGAUACCUGAGCCUGUUUCUGGAUUUGGUGAACAUGUUGGUCCAAGAAUUAUUUUUCCUUCAGUGCCCUUGGGUUCUGGUAGUGAUCUUGUUCCUGGGCCUCCAGCUGGAGUGCUUCCUUCAAGGAGUGGUCAUGGUAUCGGUGGGAGCAUGCUUGUUGGGCCAAAUGAUCCUCGCUGGUUUGGUGGUAUUGGUGGAGAUCCUGCUUUUCCUGGUGGAUUGCAGGGUGUUCCUCCGGGUGCGCGAUUUGAUCCAUAUGGACCUCCUGGUGUUCCUGGUUUUGAAGCCCACAGAUUUGCAAGGAAUCCUAGGAGGCCAGGAUACGACGCUCAUCCAGAUUUGCAACAUUUCCGGAGAGAUGCUGAUUCUGACUUCAUAUAGACAUAGUAUAGUAUAGUAGUUGUGUACCACCGUCCUUUAUUUAUUUCUUUUGUCAAUAUUCCUUUUCUCUGGGAAAAAUAUAAGUCACCGAGUCAGCUCUCCUCAUUCAUACCGUUUUCCGUGUAAUGCUUCACAAUCUGCAUUCUAUAUAACUGGCUUUGGAUUAUUUGACUAUUCUAUAUAAGUUAUUUUAGUUUUAUUUGAGGAC